GUACAUUUUUGGAAAUUCAAUACCAAAAUACACUCUCUUAAAUCUCUUCAAAAAGACGGAGGGAGUAUAUAUAAUGGCUUUUUCUCUCACUAGAUUCCCCUUUUCUCUUUGUUCAGCGCUACGAUGGCUCUGCUAGCGGUACUCAUUGUCGAUCACUUUCUCCUGAGCUAUGACUUCCACGAUUGUGCGAGAUUCAAGAACCAAAUCAGCACCUACGAACGAACAUCAAGAAAAGCUUCGCCAAUGUUCUGGGUUCAUCCCAAAUCCAUUAGGAACAGAAGCAAAUCGGACGUUACAAAGGCUUCUCGGCUGUGUCCUUCUCCGCUGAAGAGUUUGGGUAUCCCUAACUCACUUGCCAAUCCAUCUUCAAGAGGCCAAGGCCCUUCACUGUAUAGCAAGGUCAAUUGGCAAUCCGUUGAUGAUGGAUACUUCCACAUCUGCAAAAACAAAGCCCUCAGUAGCCAGGGGCAACCUCUCUUGAGCAAGGAACCUAUUCUCAGGAAACCUCCAUGUGAUUUGGGACCCAAGAACAACCUGUCUUCUGAACCUGUCUGCAAAGCUUCUGAAGAGUUGUACAAUUCACUAAGUGGUGCUGCUCAAAAACCCCACACAAAUAAUGCAACAAACACCACUGCAAAGGAGAGAGUUUCUGCAAACAUUGAGCUGGAAAACAUAUGUCCAGGGAGUCAUGUCCCUACACAGCCUGAGGUGGCAAUUGCUAAUGAUUCAAAGGAAGUGCUAGUGAUAGAGGAUGUCCCCAACAAUGGUCUUGAUGCUGACUACCCCGGGGAAGCCUCCCAUUUUGUCACUUCCAAUCCGGACAACAAUGACUGUACCACAACUCAAACUCCAAAUGCUCAAUGUAUUGUUCAAACUGAGGUCCAAAAUGAGAUGCACAAAUCUGCUAGUCCUGCACCCCCAAAGGAAAAAUUCAAGGAUAUCAUUGUAGAAGUGGAUGGCCACCUGUUCAUCACAAUUGUUCUGGCAGAAACAUGUGAAAUUGCCCAUACUGAGGAUGCUGGUGAACCAACAAUCAGUAGUGCUUUAGCGGAGGUUAUUGAGCCUCCUAAUGCACGUUCGGAUGACCCUCACCCAGAAGACAAUGACGGGCCAAACAAUGUUCAUAAACCAAACUCCCUAAAUGAAACCACUGUUGAGAUUGCACAACCGAGUAACUCGGUGGAGAGACCAAUGACUCCUAUCAAAGACUCAAUGGAUCUAUCAACUGUUAGUGUGGAACAAGAAAUGUCAGCGACUCCUAGAUUCGAUUUUGAAGAAUAUCAAUACGAGGGAGAUUUCACACUUGUUAAAAGAAAAAACAACAAUAACUUUGAUGCUCCCGGAUUAACCAUUCAAACUGGUAGUCAUCGGGGACGUGGUAGGAGAGGCAGUGGUCGAGCCUGAUAAGUUCAGCAUCCAUCCCCAUUAUUACCUUAUUUUUAUCCUUUUGCUCAUUUCUUUGCAAGGGCUGCGUCCGUUACAUCCCUUUUUUCUCCCUUUUGUUUUUUACUACCACUUUUGGGUAGCCCCUUGUAUCCUGCUCCUUUUACUUUUUUCAUCAAUAAAAGUCCCUUUUAAUA